CUCUGUCACCCAGGCUGGAGUGCAGUGGCACAAUCUCGGCUCACUGCAAGCUCCGCCUCCCGGGUUCACGCCAUUCUCCUGCCUCAGCCUCCCGAGUAGCUGGGACUACAGGCGCCCGUCACCACGCCCGGCUAAUUUUUUGUAUUUUUAGUAGAGACGGGGUUUCACUGUGUUAGCCAGGAUGGUCUCGAUUUCCUGACCUCGUGAUCCGCCUGCCUUUGCCUCCCAAAGUGCUGGGAUUACAAGCGUGAGCCACCGCACCCAGCUGGCUGGUUUCUCAAAUACAUCUCGGACACAGUACUAAUGAGGGUCUGUGUAGUCCAUGUGCGAGGUGGGUGGGAUGGCCCUUCCUUCCAUCACCUGCCCUCUUCACCCUGCUUGGCCACUUUACACGUGACCCUAUUUUUUGAAUGUUUUUUCUUGUCAACUUUGGAUGCUAACUUUUUUCUUUUUUUCGAGACAGAGUCUUGCUCUGUCACCAGGCUGGAGUGCAGUGGUGCGAUCUUGGCUCACUGCAAGCUCCGCCUCCCUGGUUCACGCCAUUCUCCUGCCUUGGCCUCCCGAGUAGCUGGGACUACAGGUGCCCGCCACCAUGCCCGGCUAAUUUUUUUGUAUUUUUCGUAGAGAUGAGGUUUCACCGUGUUAGCCAGGAUGGUCUCGAUCUCCUGACCUUGUGAUCCGCCCGCCUUGGCCUCCCAAAGUGCUGCGAUUACAGGCGUGAACCACCACACCCGGCCUGGAUGUUAAACUUUUUCACAGGCAGGCCCCGCUCUUUACGCUAGGAUGCCCCACGUUGCUGGUCCUCCAGGUAUCUCCUGCCCUUGCUCCUGCCCCUCCCCGUUCUGCCUGGCUCUCAGGCCAUCUGCCUCUAAGGCACCCCUAGAGCACUGGCUCUGGGGUUCUGUUUCGCAGCCCUGCACACUCCCAGAUGUCUAAGCCUUCCCAACCCGUUCAUCUCGCAGCCUGUGUUCCAAACAGAAACAUCCAUAGUGAUCUAGGCAGCACGGGGCACCGUGUCCAUGUCUGGAGCUCUGCAGAGGGCAAAGCUCUUCCCUCCCCUGGUUCCCUCUCCAUCCCACGACGUGCUGAUGUGCAGGCCCCAGCUUCUUGCUCCCAUUCCUCCUCAAGGCAGAGUGAUGGCAGCGCGUGCCCGUGUGAGGCAAGAGAGGGGCUCUGGGCCCAGGAAGCACCCCAUGGUUAUGGCCUGUGUGAAGGGGCAUCCUUUUCACCCACGGAAGCCCGUUUGUGUGUCUGUGCUGGAGUCUGCCUUUCCGAGGAACACCGUGGCCUCCAGCCCACAGCCAGCCUGCCUGUUCUGCCACUGGAUCUGGGCUGGCUGGGCCUCCUCGGUGGCCAGGAUGUCUGAACCCGCAACCAUGGUCGUGCCACUAGCCAGCUCGGAAGCCCAGACCGUGCAGUCCCUCGGCUUCGCCAUCUACCGCGCGCUGGACUGGGGGCUGGACGAGAGCGAGGAGCGCGAACUCAGCCCACAGCUGGAGCGGCUCAUCGACCUCAUGGCCAACAACGACAGCGAGGACAGCGGCUGCGGUGCUGCCGAUGAGGGCUACGGGGGUCCCGAGGAGGAGGAGGAGGCCGAGGGCGUCCCCCGCAGCGUGCGCACCUUCGCCCAGGCCAUGCGGCUGUGCGCGGCGCGGCUGACCGACCCCCGGGGCGCACAGGCGCAUUACCAGGCCGUGUGCCGCGCCCUCUUCGUGGAGACGCUGGAGCUGCGGGCCUUCCUGGCCAGGGUCCGGGAGGCCAAGGAGAUGCUGCAGAAGCUUCGGGAGGACGAGCCGCAGGUGGAGACGCCCCGGGCAGAGCUGGACAGCCUGGGUCACACAGACUGGGCCCGACUGUGGGUUCAGCUCAUGCGGGAGCUCCGCCAUGGAGUGAAGCUGAAGAAGGUGCAGGAGCAGGAGUUCAACCCCCUCCCCACCGAGUUCCAGCUCACGCCCUUCGAGAUGCUGAUGCAGGACAUCCGGGCCCGGAACUACAAGCUGCGCAAGGUCAUGGUGGAUGGGGACAUCCCGCCCCGGGUGAAGAAGGACGCUCACGAGCUCAUCCUGGACUUUAUCCGCUCACGGCCUCCACUGAAGCAGGUCUCCGAGAGGCGGCUGCGCCCGUUGCCACCGAAGCAAAGGUCUCUGCACGAGAAGAUCCUGGAGGAGAUCAAGCAGGAGCGGAGGCUGCGCCCGGUGCGGGGCGAGGGCUGGGCUGCCCGCGGGUUUGGCUCUCUGCCCUGCAUCCUCAACGCCUGCUCUGGAGAUGCCAAGUCCACGUCCUGCAUCAACCUGUCAGUCACAGAUGCUGGGGGCAGCGCCCAGCGCCCGCGGCCCCGCGUGCUGCUCAAGGCACCCACCUUGGCCGAAAUGGAAGAGAUGAACACGUCUGAGGAAGAAGAGUCUCCAUGUGGGGAGGUGACGCUGAAACGGGACCGCUCCUUCUCAGAGCACGACCUGGCCCAGCUCCGAAGUGAGGUGGCCUCUGGCAUGCAGUCGGCCACCCAGCCCCCAGGAGGGAUGGAGCCACCACGGCCCCGAGCUGGCAGCGCCCAUGCGUGGAGGCCUGGCUCCCGAGACCAGGGUACCUGUCCUGCGAGUGUCUCUGACCCCAGCCACCCCCUACUCAGCAACCGGGGCUCCUCAGGGGACAGACCCGAGGCCUCCACGACCCCUGAUGCCAAACACCUGUGGCUGGAGUUCAGCCACCCCGUGGAGAGCCUGGCGCUGACCGUGGAGGAGGUGAUGGACGUGCGCCGUGUGCUGGUGAAGGCCGAGAUGGAAAAGUUUUUGCAGAACAAGGAGCUCUUCAGCAGUCUGAAGAAGGGGAAGAUUUGCUGCUGCUGCCGGACCAAGUUCCCGCUGUUCUCGUGGCCGCCCACCUGUCUCUUCUGCAAGAGAGCUGUCUGCACUUCCUGUAGCAUAAAGGUGAAGAUGCCGUCUAAGAAGUUUGGACACAUCCCUGUCUACACACUGGGCUUUGAGAGUCCUCAGAGGGUAUCAGCUGCCAAAACUGCGCCAAUCCAGAGAAGAGACAUCUUUCAGUCUCUGCAAGGGCCACAGUGGCAGAGCGUGGAGGAGGUGUUCCCUCACAUCUACUCCCACGGCUGUGUCCUGAAGGACGUCUGCAGUGAGUGCACCGGCUUUGUGGCAGAUGUGGUACGUUCCAGCCGCAAGAGCGUGGAUGUCCUCAACACUACGCCACGACGCAGUCGCCAGACCCAAUCCCUCUACAUCCCAAACACCAGGACUCUCGAUUUCAAGUGACAGCCCCAGGUGGCCAGGCCUCCAGGAGGCACCAGGCAGGCCCUGUACCAGGCUAGGACGCUGUGAGCUGUGCAUGUACAUAUAUACAUAUAUAGAUACGUUUAUAAUAUAUACACACAGCCUAUAUAUUUAUA